AUGGGCAACUCUUAAAAAAAUGAUGAAAAGUUAAUCUCCACUGUUUGGUUAGGUGUAAAUGUAAAAAGCAAAUCCUAAGAUAGGAUGAUUGGACAUCUAUAAUGAAAGAGAAAUUAUCUCGCAUUUCUGAAGAAUGGUCUGUUCCUUUAAUAAAAUGUUUGGAUAGAUUUGUUUAAAAGGAAUAGAAAAAUUUUAGACAUAAAAUGAAACUAAUUUGUAUUUCUGUAUCAUAUUAAUAGUAACAAAGACUAUGAAAGAUGAAUAAUACGAUAAGCUAUUCCAAUAAAGUUUUGUGUUUUUGUAAUUUCAUUUCAAUUUAUUAUGAUGUUUAUAGAAAAAAUAAUGAAUAUCUUCGUCAAGAUUUUUAAUCAAGUACCGGAAUAUCUGAUCUUACAAUUUCCACAAAUUAUAAUUCAAGUAUUUUAUUAAAACAUAUCAUAGUUGGUAAAAUCAAUGAGAGUUAAUCAAUAUCAUCUAAAAUCUUAGAUAGUAUGUAUCCAGAAAAUCAAAAUUCUUAAUUAUAAUAAUUCUAUGUGUUUUUAUCUUGUAUUAAUGAUGUACUAAGUAAUUAAAAACAUCCAUUUAUUUAUAUCAUGAAUUUUUUUAAAGAAUGGGCAUCAAAUUAAUUAAUAAGAAUGAAAGAUCCUUAAAAUACUAUACAUUAAUUAAAAUUAAAACUUUAAAAAUUUUAGAUCUCAUCAGAUAUAUUUUUGCAUUUUCUAAUUUUUUCUUUGAAUGAAUAUUUAGGAGAUUUUGGUGAUGAUAUCAAUGAAGAUGGACCCUAUAAAUACAUAAAAGAUAAAUAAAAUUAUUUUAAUUUAUUUUUAGAACAUGUAAAAUUUACAACUUAUAUAUUAGACAUUUGAUGAUACAUUAACAUCUCAUUUAAUGGAUGUGCUUAAUUACUUACACAAAAAUAACAAUAAUAAUUUUAUUUAAAAAAUCAAACAUAUAAGAUCAAAACCUGAUUUUUUUGAGAUUCCUAAAAAAUAUUAAACAUAAGAAAAACCUUUCAUUUAAGAAAUAUCUUGUUUAAAUGAAGCCCAAUAAUUAAAACGUCCUGCUACAAUAUUUUGCUGUUUUACAAAAACAUAUUUGAUGAUCAAGGAUCGCUUGACAAGAUCUGCCUCUAAUUUUUUGUUUUUCUAAGUAACUAAUUUUGUAAUUGUGCAUUCUAAUAUACAAAAUUUUUAUGCGCUAUUACAUUUACUAGAAAUUUUCUAUAGUAAUUCAAUUAUUUUACUUAAAUAUAAUUAAUCCUUGGAAUUCAUUUAAAAUAUUAUUAUUUCUUGA